AUGCGCCUCUUAAUCGCUGGUGUGAUUCCUUUAGCUAAUGAAGCGGAUCGUAUUCUGUGGUUAAAAGACAAGGUAAAAGGUUAUACAACAAGUUCUGGAUAUUCGGCUCUGUUUAGUUUGCGGCAACAGCAGCCGGUGGAGGACUCCGUUCGUCAGUGCUUGUUGGCUUGCUGGAAGACAACAGUUCCUCAAAGAACAAAGGCGUUUGGAUGGAGAUGCGUGGUUGAUAGGCUGCCGGUUAAGAAAUCGUUGAUUAGCAGAGGCGUUAACAUAGAUAGCAGGUGUGUGUUAUGUCAAGUGGGUGAAGAAGAUGCUUGUCACUUAUUUAAAGACUGUGUUUUUUCAAAACUUGUUUGGACAGAGAUUAGCACAUGGUUGGGUUUUGGAGUGGAUCUCCAUGGUUCUGUUAGUGAAGGAAUGCUAGUUUGGGUUAGAGAUUGCAGAAAGGUUGGUAUUAGCAAGGACAGUGCUGGCGGUGUUUGGUUCACGGUUAUGUGGUGUUUUUGGAGGUAUCGGAACGAGAUCAUUUUUAACGGAAAGAGUCCGUCUUUUUCUGAUUUGGUUUGGAAUAUUAAGAUUAAAUUGUGGAAAUGGUUGAACUUAGGCAAUAUUUAUUUAUCCAAGUGUAACUUUUAUGAUUUUUGUAAAAAUCCGGUGGGAAAUCUAGGAUAA